AUGAUGACUUUUGAUUUUAUGAAAGGAGUAAAAGUUGAAUCAAAGAAUAACGCUAGUGUUCUAAAUAAAAAACUGUAUAUUCAUGCACAACAAUGUGGAAUACUGAAUCUAUCCAACAGACAUCUUGAAUCUGUACCAAGCAUAGUAUGGGAAUUAAACACACCCUUACCACCUGAGUCAAAUCAUCAAACUGUUGACUUUGAUAAUCCAUCUGGAGAUACUCGUUGGUGGGAAACACAACCGAUUACAAAGCUGAUUUUAGCCUCGAAUAAUCUGACUGCUAUUGAAGGUAGCAUACGCAAAUUAGAUACACUGACUCACUUAGAUUUGCACGAUAAUGACUUGUCAGCGUUACCAGAUGAAAUUGAACAUCUUCGUAACUUGAAGACAUUAUUAUUGAGUUAUAAUAAACUGAAAGUAUUACCCACAAAUAUAUCAAAUAUACAGAAUCUCACUAUUCUUGAUUUGGCGAAUAAUCAUUUGGUGAGCUUAACUGAAGAUAUUUCAAGUUUUAGUCAUUUAGAAAGACUAGAUUUAUCCAAGAAUGCAUUAACCAAGCUACCGUCAAAAUUACCACCACGAUUACGUCAUUUAAAUGUACAGAAUAAUCGUUUAGAGCAAGUACCAGAAGGAUUCAUUGAAAAUCUUAACUUGUUGACAAUUUUGGAUUUAUCAUCAAAUCAAUUAAACCAGUUGGUUUUAGACAGACGUCCACCAAAUACUCGUUCCACUUUACACUUAUCAAUUCUACAUGUUGAUCUCAAUUGUUUACCGGUAAUUCCUGAUGUAGCCGGUUUAACUGAACUGAAAGAACUCCAUCUAAGUGAUAAUCGGAUCACAGUAAACUAG